CACGGCCCGAGUCGGUGUAUUCAACGUAAGUCUGAGCUUUUUACUAAAAACCGCAGGCACACUUUGUUGAAAGAUGAACAGCUCGGGAACGGAUCAUCUCUUCACGUCAAACAUCGAUGAUGACCUGCAAGUGUAACAGUGAGUAUGGGCACUCCGAGUCGUUCUUUACGUCGCUGGUCACUAGGCCAAAUGGUAAAAGGUAAUAUAGUAGCGUUAACGAAAUAUUUGUCAUCUAAUUGAAUUCUUUUUCGCCUCCCCGCCGAACUUAUAUAGGGUUUCUUCACCACUAAGAGAUGUGGAUUUCUGCGCUGCUGUCGGUGCUUGGUAUAGCACUGCAGGUGUCAGUGGUGACCGCUCAAGACGGCUCCAUAUCUGGUCCAACCAGCAGUUCGUCUGCUGCUGGGUACUCAUGCGACCCUAGCCAAUGCCAGUUGCCCAACUGCAAUUGUGCUAGCACGAGUCCCCCGGGUGGUCUUUCUCCUUCGGACGUACCGCAGUUCGUUGUCUUCACUGCCGACGAUGCUAUUCAGUCCUAUACUAUUGACUCUGUCAAUCAGUUCCUUGCUCAACGGCAGAAUCCGAAUGGUUGUCCUAUCAAGAUGACUUACUUCACCUCUCUCAACUAUACCAACUAUACCCUUGUCACUGAUUGGUACGUUGCUGGAAACGAAAUAGCUGAUCAUACGAUGACCCAUGUUGGUUCACCUCCUGCGGACGAGAUCAACGGAAACAUCAUUGCUCUCAACGCACUUGCUGGUAUCCCGCUCGAUGCCAUCCAAGGUUUCCGCGCACCUUACUUGAACUACACCGCUCAGACUUUGCAGCUCCUCGCGAACGUUGACUUCACUUAUGAUUCUUCCUCCGCCGCUUCGAUUCCUGUUACAGACCCAGGUACUGAUGCGUACUGGCCUUACACGCUGGACAACGGUCUCGCAAACGACUGUCUGACUGUCGAGGGUAUAUGCAAAGGCCUACCUAAAAUCCCUGGUCUUUGGGAGAUUCCUAUGUAUGCGUUCUUUGAUGAGCUCGGGAUUGAUGGACCGCACUUGAUGGACCCUUGGUUGGAUACUGCAAACGGAGCCAGUUCGGUCAAUGACACUGCCACGUUUGAGUACAUGAAGAAUACGUUCACGGCUCAUUACACUGGGAAUAGGCAACCGAUUGGUCUAUACACUCAUCCUAUUCAUCUUUCGACCACUUAUCCCGGUGUCGACCCCCCGAACAGCACGAUCCAGAUGAUCAAUGAUUUCCUGGAUUGGGUUCAAAUGCAACAGGAUGUCUGGAUUGUUUCGAACGAGCAGCUUCUUGCUUGGGUCCGGAACCCUGUACCUGUCUCAGAGCUCGAUUCCUUUGCGCCUUUGAAGUGUUCGACUCCCCAGGUUGACUCGUCUUUGAAAAUUUGCAAUGGUAUUCCUCAGAACGAAGCUGGUCUCCUGGAGGAGUGUGACUUCCCCGACUUCCCUUUCUUCACUUGCUAUGGUUGCCCGCAAGUAGAGGUGUCCCCUUCAAACCCGAACCCACCGCAGCAAGUCCCAGCGGGUCAACAGAUAAGAUACAGAUUGCCUUCGAACUGCUCGACACCUUUCUGGGAUCCUAUUGCCGGGUCGUGCUUGUGUCAGUCCUCGGCUUGCGCGUUUACGGAUAACUCACGACCUAUUGGGCCCAACGGUGCCAACUUGACUGGUGGUGGAACUGGUGGAGAUGGAUUCGACGGUUCUGGUAGUACGCCGACGCCGACGUAUAUCAACUUUAAUGGUGCUACCCCCGUCAAGUUGUGGAGUGGCAGUCUCGUUGGGAUGAUGAGUGCUCUAGCUGUGGGCGCGUUUGGCGCUGCGACAGGAUGGGUUUUGGUUAACGUCUGAUAUGGGACUUUCGAACGCUGACAAUUUACGAUAGUUACUGGACAUAGGGUUACGAUCAUUGCUUUCCACGAUGCUUUAUUGGCUUUCUCAUUUCCUUUUCUCGCGGCAAUUGCGUAGGCUAACCUCGAUUAAUAAUUGGCUCGUGUUAAUAGCCAGGACCAUGCAUUGUAUAUUACGGUACUACUCGUUCGGAUUUAUUACUUCUCAUGUCUUACUUGACGCAACAAACCGACGAGUCUUGCCAUUUGCCACACUAUGAAUAAUCUUCAGGC